AUAGGACUGAGAUGUUCUUAUACUGCAACAUGUCAACAACCAUAAUACAGCUUUGUAAAUUGCAGUCUCCCUGAUAUAUAUAUCUUCAAAUGAUUUGCUCCAACUUCCUCCCAACACAUGAUGAAGAUCUGAAAGAAAUCUGAAAAUGCAUUUUCAUUUUAUUAAAUUAAGUGACAAGUAAAAUUAAAGGGAUACUUCACCUUUUUCCUUGGUUUAUUUCCCGCAUAUGCUGCUAAGCUCUUUCUCGGUCGAUCCAGAGGAAACCUAAGUGUGAUCCAUGGCGAUUGUAUUUCCCCAACCCAAGAAAAACCUACUUCCUCUCCUUCUUUUUCUCUUUUGUAUUUCCGUCAUCAUUCUCCUCCUUCUCGUCUCCGAGACCACACACUCCGUCGCCGAGCGAGGAUCUACUUUCCGGCGGGAUUACGCUGAUGUCCCUCCUUUCACAUUCCUCAUCAAGGUCCUAACCUUCAAUCGUCUCCACUCUCUUUCCCGCUGUCUCCGAUCCCUCGCCGCCGCGGACUACGGCGUCGCAGGCGACAGGGGACGCAUCCACCUCCACGUCUAUAUCGACCAUUUCUCACUCGCGCAGAAGGGCAAGCUUGUGGAAGAUAACUUGAGGAGCGCCAAGCAAAUCCUGGAUUUCGUGGAUGGAUUCGAGUGGGUAUUUGGGGAAAAACUGGUUCACUAUCGGACCGGCAACGCCGGAUUGCAGGGGCAGUGGCUGGAGGCUUGGUGGCCGAGCUCAGAUCACGAAUUCGCGUUCGUCGUCGAAGAUGAUCUCGAGCUUUCUCCGCUUUAUUACGGGGUUCUCGAAAGCUUGAUUCGUAAAUACUACGAUGAUACUUCCAAUUUCAGCCCUUCCAUCUACGGAGCUUCGCUUCAGAGACCAAGGUUCGUUCCAGUUGGUGGGAACUUGGGGACAGCUUCUCUUCCCAAAGCCGUGGAAAGAGUUCAGACUAUGGUGACGAAUGGAUGGUACAAGAAGCUAGGAGAACGAAUAUGGACACCUUGGUUCAUAAAGUUUGUCCACUCCCGUGGCUACUUUAACAUCUACACCAGUUUUCCAAAUGAGGGGGCUUUGAGUGUCUCUCACAGGGAUGCUGGUGUUAACUAUCGAAAAUCCGCUGGGGCAGAUUCGCAGCUGUUGAAUAAAAGUUCCAUCGGUUCUGAUUUCCUGAAACUGCAACCCUUGAGCAACCUUAAGUGGUACGAUUACUGUUUCAGCGAGGUUGUUCCCGGUAGAGUCGUGAGAAACCUGAAUGAACUUGGCACCAUUCUUCCAUCUGUUCAGAGAGAGAGAACCGUAAUUCUCGUCAGUCUAUUUGCUGCAGAGAAGAUGUUUAUCAGGAACUUACUCUGCCAUUUCGACAAGCUUAAUACUCGAAAUCACAUUUUUAUAGGCCCUAGCUCUGAGUUGCUCUUUGAUCUUUCGAGAAGGGGAUAUCCUGUGAUCGAUGCGGAUAAGUUUCUCGACAAGUUGAUAAAAAGCAAAACUUCGUACCCAGACUCAGUGAAGGAGGGUGUGGGCAAUGCUUACGUUGUUAAGAAAUGCUUAGAACUUGGAUACAGCACCUGGGUGUUUGCAAGUAAUGCGCUUCUGGUGGAUAAUGGUCCACUCCUGGGCAGAAUCAGCUCGGAAUAUGACUUUUAUGUCGGGGAAAGCUCUGGAAUCUUGAUUGUUCAAUCUUCAUCGGUCACUCAAAAGCUGUGGAGCAACGAGAUUCUGCAAAGCAUCGUAUCCUCCACAACGAAAAAUAACUCCCCAAAUCAAAGGCUAGAUUUUAUUCGUCUAGUGAAAGAGCUAGUGGAGCGAAAGGGCAAGAGGAUUAAGACUGUAGAGACGAUGAGUAUUGCAGAGAAUACCAAUGCCAACAGCGUAAACCAAUCGUUGGGAGACGGCAAACCGGUGGUGUAUUGGUCACCUGAGGUUGGUUCCAACAUCAUUCGGACAAAGCUCGCGGAACUGAACUUGUGGCUCAUUGAUGAUGAUCUCUCUUGCAAGGCUGUAAUUUGUCAUAGCUCAUUAAGUUAAAAAGGGUACUAUUGGCAUUUUCUGGCGGUAGGAUCGCUAUAAUUUAUUGGUGGAACACGGAGCUGUGUGAGGGAUGAGUUCUGUUAGGCUCAUGCAGUUGCAGUUGUAAACGGGAUAAGUGAUGUGGAACAGAUUGUGAUUUAGUGACUAAUAGCAACAAGCAUGGUACUCGUUUUAGAUCUGUACCAAUAAUAUAUUGUUUGUUGUUACCUAUUGUUGGAGUUUAAACCAUUAUAAACGCAUUGUCAAAUGACUCUAGCAUAAUGUUCAUUAUAGGAGUGAUCAAGUAAUUUUUUAAUAUUUUGUGUA